AUGCUGGGGUUACAACAGAUGCCCAAAGACGGCGGAGUGGACCCACAAGUCGAUCCAGCAACCCCCAUAGGGCUUAGGAAGAGGCUGGAGGUGGAUUCCAAGCUCUUUUUCGAGGCGUGGCAGAGAGCCAUGACUGUGAAAGAUUCCGGUGAAGAUGAGUUUCUGCCGUUUCCAGACGACGGAGAAGGUCUAAAGCAUCUUGUGACUCGAGAUCUCUACAGGGUGUUACAAGAAGCGCAACAUAUCAGCAGUGAAGAAAAGGGACUUCGAAUGAACCAGCUCUUAAAAGAAUCAGACAUCGACGUUUUAUACAAGAAGAUCUCGCAGAUAUUUUCUCCUCCUAACAGCACCAACGGAUUUUCUCUCUACGAUACGAAGGACGAGGAAGGUUUGCACGACGGAAACGCCGAGUUUUUCUCGGACCAGGACUACGGUCAGAGCGAUUACGACAUCGAUGAGGUGCACGACGAUUUGGCCCAUCAUAUCGAAGUGGAAGUGGAUCGGGGUACGGGAUGUGAGGGUCACGAAGGCAGUUGUAGUUGCGACGAAUAUGAUGACCAGGGGCCGUCGUGUGAGUUUACGUUCGAAUACGACCAUAAUGGCAAGUUGAUCCCCACCAGUAAUAAUGUUGAAGAGCAGUUGCGACUCAUGCAACUUCAGAACCAACAGUUCCAGAGCCAGCGACCUCAGCGACCACCCAAGGGUCAGCGACAAAACCAGCUCGAGAACCGACCGGCAAUGAGCAAAAAGAAAAAGAAUAAGAAGAAAAAGAAUAAGGAACCGAGUGCCGCUAGUGGUUCAUGCUGCUGUCUCUUUUGUGAGUACGAGGCGAUCUACGGCGUGGAGCCUCGACAGAUGGUCAAGUGGUACGAGCGCACAGUGAGGCAGGAAGAACAGCGACGGCUUGAAAUUAAGAAGAAGUUGGAAAAAGUGAAGCAUAAUGUUCUGAAGCGACAGAGAGAGAAAGAAGAGCGCAGUGAACAGUAA